UUCUUUAUAUCAUCUCCAGUCUCCCGUUCACACUCCUUCACAGAAACCGGUACGAAACUUCACCGUUUCGUCACAGUCUCUCAAGUCUCACCUGCCAGCCACUGUCCUUAAACAUGAAGCCGCAUCAAAGCAAACCCAUCUCCAUUUUUUCUGUGCUCCUCUUUCUAGUUCUAUUCUCACAAUAUUCCACACCGGUCACUGCCCAAGAAGUUGAGGAUGAAAGAGAGUUCGAUUAUCUUCAGGGAAGCGGGAAGGGGCCAAAGCAGUGGGGAGAAAUGAAGAAAGAAUGGGCUGCGUGUAAGAAUGGAGGCAUGCAAUCUCCUAUUGAUUUAUCAAGCAAGAGAGUCAAGCUAAUCCCCAACUUGGGCAAGCUCAACACCGCUUACAAGCCUUGCAAUGCCACUGUCAAGAACAGAGGCCAUGAUAUUUCGAUUGAAUGGGUGGGCGAUGCGGGAUCCCUUAAGAUAAAUGGGACUGAGUAUUUGCUAAAACAAUGCCACUGGCACUCCCCUUCCGAGCAUUCCAUCAAUGGAAGGAGGUAUGACAUGGAGCUCCACAUGGUUCAUCUAAGCCCCGAUCCCAACGUCACGAAUAAGAUCGCUGUCGUCGCAGCGCUCUACAAGAUCGGCCGCUCAGAUUCCUUCCUCUCUAAGUUGACAAGGCAUAUAAAAUCCAUGACUGAUCAAAAGGAAGAGAGAAGUGUGGGAAUAAUUGACCCUAACAAAAUUAAAAUCCCUGGGAAAAGCUAUUACAGAUACAUGGGCUCACUCACCGUUCCUCCUUGCACUGAAGGCGUUAUUUGGACCAUCAAUAAAAAGAUAAGAAGAGUCUCAAGAGAUCAAGUAAAGCUAUUUCGAGUGGCUGUGCAUGAUUAUGCAGAGACGAAUGCAAGGCCAGUACAACCACUCAACGUUCGAGAGAUCCAGGUCUAUGACCAAGGCGCAAGGAGCACGAAUAAUUGAAGCUGUCUCCCUUGCAGAGAUUUAAUUUAUUACUACAUUGAUUUAUUUAUUUUAUUUUUUUCAGCUCAUUGCUUUGUGUUACUAUUCUUCAUAUUUUAUUAAGCUCAUUAGCAUGAAUGUUACUUUACUAUAAUAUUGGACAUGUUUUCUUUCACUCAUCA